CGCCAUUAAAAUGCAAGGAGUCGAGACCUGUCAGGACCCUCCCGAUUAGGUUAUCGAGGCCCGUCAAGUGUCAAGUCUCGUUGUUAAAAUCAUGACGUCCAUCAGCGAGGUCGACGCGGUGCCUAAAUCGAAAAAGCCGUCGGAUAGCGCGUUUAAGCAGCAGCGGCUACCAGCCUGGCAACCGAUACUCACAGCUGGCACAGUUCUACCGACGUUCUUCGUGAUAGGAGUUGCAUUCAUACCGGUCGGCAUUGGAUUGCUUUACUUUUCGGACGAAGUCAAGGAACAUACUAUAGAUUACACCAACUGCAACUCCACGUUCAUGGAGAGCGACGGGGUGACGUAUAAGAAGUGUGCGGACGUAAUCGCGGCAAAUCCAACGGAAAACUGCACGUGCAAGAUAAAUUUCGAGCUCGCCACGGAGUUUGCCGGCAAGGUUUACAUGUAUUACGGCCUGACGAACUUCUAUCAGAAUCAUCGGAGAUACGUAAAAUCUCGAGACGACAGUCAACUGCUGGGACACCUGGACUCUACAGUCUCGAGCGACUGCGAGCCGUUUGCCUACGAGGAAGUGAACAAUACCAAAAUUCCCAUCGCCCCGUGCGGCGCCAUCGCAAAUUCGCUCUUCAGCGACGAGCUGACGCUAUAUUCCGAGAAACAUGGCAAUAAGUCAGUACCGUUGCUAAAAACUGGCAUAGCCUGGCCAUCCGACAAGAACAUCAAAUUCAGAAAUCCAGAGGGCGAUCUGAGGGAGGUGUUCAAGAAUUUUGCCAAGCCUAAGAACUGGACUAGACACAUCUACAAUUUGGAUGAAACGAAUGAUGAAAAUAAUGGAUUCCAAAACGAGGAUUUAAUUGUGUGGAUGAGAACUGCUGCAUUGCCCACUUUCAGAAAACUCUAUCGCAGGGUCGACCACACUCAAGAAGGCUAUAAGAAUGGUCUGCUUGCGGGAAACUACACUCUUGAGGUCAAAUAUUCAUUUUCAGUAUCCUCCUUCUACGGAAAGAAAAAGAUGAUUUUAAGUACAACUUCACUUCUGGGAGGAAAGAAUCCCUUCCUCGGUAUCGCUUACAUUGUUGUGGGGAGUUUGUGCUUACUGCUGGGCGUAGCACUACUCAUUAUACAUAUUAAAUGUUCUAAGAGCAAACUAAUGUAAAGACGACUACAAGAAAGUAUUCUUAGGGCACCCAUGUAUGUUCUUCACCGCCGACAUGAUCAAUGUGACUCCAACUACGGAAUAUCAUCAUUAGGAACGAUUCGUUUACUUGAGAUGAACAUAAUUUCAUCAGUAUGAAUAAGUCCAUCGAUUAAGACGAGAGAAUUUUUUCAACAACAUUGAUUUUCGCUUGGCAGUCGUAAACCGAAAUACGGAUAAAUGCGGUAAAGCAAUAAACGAAUAAAACAAUUUAUUGUUUAAAGGAUAGUUAUCUUUUAAAAGUUUUUAUAUAUAAUCAAGUUUCAGUAUUGCUAUAAGUACGGCAUACACAAUAGGAUUUUCAUAACUGAAUUUUAUAUCCUUGAAAUUAUACUGCGUUUGGAAUUGUACUGUAAACUUUAAAUAGAAUAAGUCCAAUUAAUUAUUUGAAACUUAAUUGACAAACAAAUACCCGUCGCCAUUAAUUUUGAAUUAAGUUAUGAAUAUCCUAUUAUGGAAUACUGUACAGGGUGUGCCGAAAUACGUGGUGCAACCGGCAAGGGGGUAAUUCUAUGGCUCAAAAUAAGUUGAAAUAGUAAAAUAAUUUUUUUUUCAAAUAUUUUAUUUUUUAGAAAAAGGACUUUGAAAGUUAAUCGAGUAUAUGCAUUUGGCUGAUAUUUGACGCAAUGUUUUUUACUACAGAUAUUCUGUACGAUUUGUCUUCAUCAUUCUGACUUAUUUUAAGUCAUAAAAUUUUCUUCCCAAUUGUAUUUCGGCUCACUCUGUAUAUCAGCAAAAUGGACGAAAGUAUUAUACAAAUGAUCGUACAAUGCUGAAACCAAAUGUUUAUUAAAAUGUUAUUCCAUUUGUAGAUAGUGAACUUUUUGUAAGAUAUUCUUUUGAAUUAAGAAAUGCGCUUCAAUGCAUUUAUCGAUGCACUUAGCUUACGUUUUACGAUUAAAAAAAAAAAAAAGCAAAUAUUAUAUGUGCUGUCACUUAAAAAUUAAUAUUUAUUGCGUAAAAUAACAUUUAUAGAAUCUACGAACUUGUGUCUAUCAUGCACUUGUAAUUUCUCGAUGUCUUGGAAGCGUGAGAUAUAUAGGGAAAGUGGAAUAUUGCGUUCCUGGAAAAUUAAUUGCGUUACAAAAAUGUAGAUAACAAUUCAUACAUGUAUAUAUAUAUAUAUAUAUAUCUUUCCGAUGGUUCUUUUAUGAAACUCGACUUAUGAAAAUAUGACUUACGACAAAAUGACAAACUGAUACCAUUGAAAUUGAUUGUCGAUCAACCAAUAUUGUGUUCUCGUGUAUGGCUCGCGAAAGUAUCCAAAAACCGGCAAUGCGUCAUCAAAUUAAGUGACAGCGUUUAAAUAUUAAUCCCGAGCCGUUAUACGUCCUCGCAAAUUGUUCAUUAAUUUGGAUCUUUCUACAGGGACAGCGUUGCUCUCAGAAUCUUUCUUCUGAGUGCAAUUUUGAUUUAUCGUGCCUUAUCUAGAUAUGCAUGCAUUACCGAGCGACGUAAUUGAAGGGACGGUGUCGUAACUGCGAUUACUUUGUAAAGAGCGUAGAAAUGAAUUGCCGGGUGUCGUAUUGCGAUGUAAACCACUUAUAAGAUCAAUCUAGUCUACUGUGAACAUAACAAUGAAUAAAGAGAAACGAUUAAAGAGUCAA